GGGACAGAAGAGGAAUUUCAUGCAAAGGUUGUAACAACGAAAACAGCUGCAAGCACAAAAAAAGCCAGGAACAGAGAGGAAGGGACGUAGUCAGCCAACAAGCGAGUUAUGUGGCAAGAGAGUGGGAGGACGAUCCUGAAGCUGUCCGAUUAUUUUACCGAUCAGACAUCAAGCUAAGGUUGCCAACGGCUUUUAGCUUCGAUUUUCGCCUUAUAACGUUAGCUACCUGGAACGCGACAACGCAGCAGUCAACACGGCAGAGAUAACAAAAAGGCCAAACUCCCAGACGACAGCGACGCCUCAGAUCAAACUGCCAGGCUGUGUUUUAAUCCUCAGUCUACCUUUUUUUUGGUUAGGAGGAAGGAAGCAAAGAGAGGCAACAAACCGGAGAGUCGACAGAGAGAGCAGCCUGACCCAGUGGAAAUAGAAACACAGAGGAGGACAGAAAGAAAAGGCAGCGGAGUUACCUAUCCAGCCACCAAACUAAACAGAGGGAGGAAGGAGAGAGACAGAGAGUGAGACAGUGAGAUAAAUCCCAUCUUUCUAAGAAGGGAUUCUGGGUGGAAUGACCCUGUCAUGAUGCCACAGCCGUGCCACACCCCACGCCCAGGGGACCAAAGAGGGCGUUUCUGGCUAUCAGCCAAGCACAGAGGAUGCCCCAAUAGAGUUAUUUCUGAUUCCAGUUCAGAGACAUUUCCUCUCAAGACACUCUUGCAUCACUGACACUCCGCCCCUCUGGUCAUAGCUUCUGUGCCCACCUGCUGCUUCCUCUAGAGUCCUUACUGUUUCCUGGUUACCUAUCUUGGGAUGUUGGCGUUGUUUUGUGGCAGCUGCCAUGGAGAUAAACAGAUUCCUUUAGUAGACCAUUUUAGACACAACCUCCAGAUGUUUUGCAAGAUGCAGGUUGUCCACACUGGCAGGAUUAGACAAGGACCGGCUCAGAGGUGCUGUGGGGCUCAGCUUCCUAAUUCAUACUAUUUGACGACAUCACAGCAGGAAGUAUAGAACUUCCUAUUCCUGUGGAACAUCUUACUCUGCCUCUUGGCACUUGUGAGGACCUACUUGACCCUAUUGCAAGUUAGUCAAGACACUUCAGCAUAGAAACCAUGCGGCACAUUCACGUGGAGUUAGCCCAUAAAAAGGCUCCAUUAGAGCUUCCAGGCCAGGAGGGGGACCUUCCUCCCCCUACAUCCCCAACACAGGGCCUAGACCAUGGAGUCAGACCGGGGGCACCCAGGCACUUUGGCCAGGAGGAGUUGCGGCUCCAAAAGGUCUACCAGCUCUCCAUUUUCUCCCAGUUGGGGGGAUUUUCUACCUCCACAGAAUCCCACACUGAUACCCAACAGAGGCCUGUCCGGUUGGGCGUGAAACGGGGGAUAGAGGAGCCCCAACAGACUCAUAAGCGCCACCAUCUGGGGGACUCCUCAGACAACGAGGCGUUGGUGGAAGGGGUGCUGUGUGGGCCAGCCCCAGCUCAAGGUGUUGGGAUGGGAUUAGCGAUGGGCCCUGGUGGGGCUAGUUCAGUAUACUCUUGCACACAGAUGGAGCACAGAGACUCUGAGGGGGGACUCUCACCCAGGUCUCCACCCCUCUCUCCAUGCCACAACCCCUCCCGACGCCCAACUCAGCACAAUCAUGACAGGCCCAUUCCUGAUGUAUUUGCUCCACUCUCACCUAAAUCACCCCCAAUGUGUGACCCACAUGGACACCUCUCUGACCAGAGUCAUUCCCUUGGUAGCUCAGCCAGGACUGAGCCACCUAACGGGGGCCACACACCCACCUACUCACUAGGUAGCCCUGCAAAUGAGAGCUGUGGUAAUGGCUCAUCUGGAGGCCAGCCCAGCCCCCACUUAUAUGAACUGGUCAUGUAUGAGACUCCCAACCCUGCCAGUCCCACCAGCCCUCCAGGCCCUUUCUCCCCCCCACACCACACAGAGCUGCAGGAGCCAGGGGAGGCCACUGAAUGGGAAGUUGGAGUUGAAUCCUCCCCACCUGAGCGAAGUGCCACCCAGACUGCCUCCUCAUCCUCCAAUGGCCUGGCAUCCUGGGAGAAAACUCCCAGCAGUAAUGGUCACCGUCUAUCCUCUGGAGGCCACUGGCCGGCCAAAAAGAGGCUGCUGCCCCCGAGCGACACAGGGGAGUCAUGCUCUGAAGAUGAGGGACCCUCCACAUCCAAGAAAAGCAGGCUUUCGUUGCUGGCUCCAGGACUUGGCCCGGCCUCAUGUCGCAGCACUGACUCUAAAGCCGCCCCUUACUGGAACCACCUGCUGCCCUCUGCAUGGGACCGGUCUAAGACCGCCACAGAUUGCACAAGAUCAGGGAGACGGCUGAAAAGUGGGCUGCGGCUGAAAAGUCGGCAGCUGCGCAGUGGCAGACACACAGACACCAGCCGCUCCACACGUUCCAGUUGGCCCUCAUCUUCCAUCAGCAGAUCGCUACUUGGCAACUUUGAGGAGUCCAUACUGAAGGGACGAUUCUCCCCGUCAGGCAGGAUUGAAGGCUUCACGGCGGAGAUCGGUGCCAGCGGCUCUUAUUGUCCACAGCACGUCACCCUGCCGGUGCAGGUUACAUACUACGACAUCUCAGAGCACAGCGCACCCUCACCCUUCCUGGGGGUGAUAUCCCUAGAGCCUCUUGGAAAGAAAGGAUACAGCAUACCCAAAGCAGGGACCAUUCAAGUGACCUUAUUUAAUCCCAACAAAACUGUGGUGAAGAUGUUCCUGGUGACCUACAACUUCGGCGACAUGCCUGUUAAUCACAUGACCUUCCUGCGCCACCGUAUCUUCUUGGUUCCCGUAGAGGAGGGGGUUGAGGGGAAAGGCGAGGCUCCUCCAGGGAGCAAAGUGCUAGACAGGAAGAAGAUUCUCUGCUACCUGAUGCAUCUCAGAUUCCAGAGCUCCAAAUCUGGGAAGAUCUACUUGCACAAUGAUAUCCGGCUGCUAUUCUCCCGCAAAUCCAUCGAAGUGGACACAGGGAUCCCUUAUGAGCUGAAAUCUUUCACCGAGGUGCCAAGAAACCCUAAAUACUCCCCCCGCGUGUGACCCCAGCUUGACCCUUUGACCCUCCCAAACGGCAACGUAGUCCCUCCUGUGCUUCCCAAAGAGGAGGGAGGGAAACAGACAGACUGCUAGAAUGAUAGACGCAAAUCUUGAUGAGACUUGAUGAGACACGCCACAUGCACACAUGAGACACGCCACAUGCACACGUGCACAUAUGAUACAGUGUUGGUGAUAGUAAAGGUCCCUCUUUUAUGCAUUUAUUCUCUAUUGAAAAUUCAGACUGUCAAAAGAAAUUGGUGAAAGAAAAUGUCACUCAAUCAAACAUGGCAUUUCUUGUAUUCAUUGAAAAUAUAAAAAAAAAUAUUAGUGUAAGAGCAGUCCAGCAUGCAUGCAGUCAAAAGUAGGACGUUUACAACACUUUCAUCUGUACAAAGAAAGAAAUGCACAAACACUGACACACACACCAAAAGAGACUGACAAGACUUACGCACAGCACAUACUACACACGUCACAGCUGAAACACUUCUGGCGGUGACUCUCUGAGUUCAGUGUUAACAUGCAUGCCUUGUGACUUAAAUACCUGAAUUUUCCUCCAGUGCCGUAUCACACUGUCCUUCACUCUGCCUGCACCUCCAACCGCCUCAUAGGCCCAAUAAUUUCCAAAACUUUUUAUUUGACAAAUGGCCUCAAACAAUAAGCAUACCCCUGAUUGGGGGGUGAAGAAAAAUUACUACACCCUCCCCCACCUUCCACACACUCACAGACAGUAUGACUGGCAGAGAGGAGAUGAGCAGAGACACAAUACUAGCCAUCUUGAAUCAGAUGUCGUAUCAUUUAAAAAAAUACAUCGACAGGAUUUGACCAGGACAACUCAGGACACGUAUUGAAGAAUAAAUUUCUCUUCUUCCCACUUCACCUAUCAUGGUACAGACCGCUUUGUACGCAUCAAGCUAGGAGGUCAUACCAUGUCAUAUCCAGUUCAUUUUAUGUAGCCAGACUGAGGGACACUGUGUUGUUUUCUUUCUCUUUUUUUUGAUGAAAAAAUAAACAACAAGCUGUAGUAUUUUUAA